GGCUCGCGGCGCCGGUCCGCCUGCCCCUCUGGCCGCGCGCCGCAGUCCUCGGGCUGCGCUGCGGCUUCGGCGGCGGGGGCGGCUACCAGGGCACCGCGGCCGCGGCCCUAAGGGUUCCCUGCGAGGUGACCAUGGAGGCUGGUGGCCUUCCCCUGGAACUGUGGCGCAUGAUCUUAGCUUACCUGCACCUUCCUGACCUGGGCCGCUGCAGUCUGGUGUGCAGGGCCUGGUAUGAACUGAUCCUCAGUCUUGACAACCGCUGGCGGCAGCUAUGUCUGGGCUGCACUGAGUGCCGCCAUCCCAAUUGGCCUAACCAGCCUGAUGUGGAGCCUGAGUCUUGGAGGGAGGCCUUCAAGCAGCAUUACCUUGCCUCCAAGACCUGGACCAAGAAUGCCCUAGACUUGGAGUCCUCCGUCUGCUUUUCUCUGUUCCGCAGGAGGAGGGAACGACGCACCCUAAGUGUUGGGCCAGGCCAUGAGUUUGACAGCCUGGGCAGUGCCUUGGCCAUGGCCAGCCUAUAUGAUCGAAUUGUGCUGUUCCCAGGUGUGUAUGAAGAACAAGGUGAAAUCAUCCUGAAGGUGCCCGUGGAGAUUGUGGGCCACGGGAAGUUGGGCGAGGUAGCCCUGCUAGCCAGCAUUGAUCAGCACUGCUCAACCACACGCCUGUGCAACCUAGUCUUCAUGCCAGCCUGGUUCUCACCCAUCAUGUAUAAGACCACAUCAGGUCACGUCCAGUUUGACAACUGCAACUUUGAGAAUGGGCACAUCCAGGUCCAUGGUCCCGGUACCUGCCAAGUGAAGUUUUGCACUUUCAAAAACACCCAUGUCUUCCUGCACAACGUGCCCCUGUGUGUCCUGGAGAACUGUGAAUUUGUGGGCAGUGAAAAUAACUCUGUGACUGUUGAGGGUCACCCAUCAGCAGAUAAGAACUGGGCGUAUAAGUAUCUCCUGGGACUUAUCAGGUCCUCUCCCAUCUUGCUCCCUGCAGAGGACUCGGACUUUUUAAUGUCCCUGGACCUGGAGAGCCGGGACCAGGCCUGGAGCCCAAGGACUUGUGAUAUUGUCAUUGAGGGCAGCCAGAGCCCCACCAGCCCAGCCUCUAGCUCCCCAAAGCCAGGCUCCAAGGCUGGAUCCCAGGAGGCAGAGGUGGGCAGCGAUGGGGAAAAGGUAGCCCAGACCCCAGACAGCAGCGACGGAGGCCUGAGUCCCAGUGGCGAGGAUGAGGAUGAGGACCAGCUCACGUACAGACUGUCCUACCAGGUGCAGGGCCCGCGCCCUGUUCUAGGGGGCUCUUUUCUGGGCCCACCACUGCCAGGAGCAUCCAUUCAGCUGCCCAGCUGUCUGGUGCUAAACUCAUUGCAGCAGGAGCUGCAGAAGGACAAGGAGGCCAUGGCAUUGGCCAGCUCCGUGCAGGGCUGCCUUAUCCGAAAGUGCCUCUUCCGAGAUGGGAAGGGAGGUGUCUUCGUCUGCUCCUACGGCCGAGCCAAGAUGGAAGGAAACGUCUUUCGGAACCUGACUUACGCUGUGCGGUGUAUACAUAAUAGCAAGAUCGUCAUGCUCAGGAACGACAUUUAUCGCUGUCGAGCGUCAGGCAUUUUUCUUCGCUUGGAGGGCGGAGGCUUGAUCGCAGGCAACAACAUUUACCACAACGCAGAGGCUGGUGUUGAUAUCCGGAAAAGAUCCAACCCACUCAUUCUGUGUAACCAGAUCCACCAUGGCCUUCGCUCUGGCAUUGUUGUCCUUGGCAAUGGGAAAGGCGUCAUCAGGAACAAUCAAAUCUUUUCAAAUAAGGAAGCUGGCAUUUAUAUCCUGUACCAUGGAAAUCCAGUUGUGAGAGGGAACCAUAUUUUCAAGGGCCGUGCAGCCGGCAUAGCAGUGAACGAGAAUGGCAAGGGCCUCAUCACAGAAAAUGUCAUUCGUGAGAAUCAGUGGGGAGGUGUGGACAUCCGCCGCGGAGGGAUUCCCGUCCUCAGGAGCAACCUCAUCUGCUUUGGCUACUCUGACGGCGUGGUGGUGGGAGACGAGGGCAAAGGUCUGAUAGAAGGCAAUACCAUCUAUGCUAACAAGGGCUGUGGUGUGUGGAUGAUGUCGUCCAGUCUGCCCCACGUCACUAGCAACCAUGUGAGCUACAAUGGCCUGUACGGAGUGGCAGUGUUCAGCCAGAAGGAUGGUGUCAGUGAGUUCCCCGGAGGCCAUGGGGCCCAGGAGAACUUCAGUGAAGAUGGAGACGCCAUCCUCUGGGAGACAGAGUUGGAGAAGGAAGACGAUCCACUGCGCCGGCCUAUUACCAUAGCUCUUGUGGAGUCUAACAGUAUUAAUCACAAUGGAGCCUCAGGACUGUAUGUUCAGAGCAAUGAGGUGCUGCACGUCCUCACCAAUGUGAUCCAUGCCAAUGGGGACAGAGGCAUCACUGUGGCUCAGAGCAGUCAGCUCACUCGGGUGGCCAACAACAGCAUCUCCUGCAACCGCCAGAGUGGAGUCAAAGUUGAGGCCCAGUGCAAGGUGGAGCUCCGGGGCAAUGGUAUCUAUGACAACCGAGGCCACGGCAUCAUCACCAAGGGCGACAGCACUGUUGUCAUUGAAAACGACAUCAUUGGCAACCGGGGCAGUGGGCUGCAGUUGCUGCCCAGGUCUGACACUAAGGUAAUAAAAAAUCGGAUCCACUCAUUCCGGGCCUAUGGCAUCGCAGUGCGGGGCCGCGCCAAGGCGCUAGUGCAAGAGAACAUCAUCUUCCAGGGCAAGACCAACAAGACCAUCUUUCAGCAGAUCACAAACAACCGAGAAUGCAUCAUGCAGAACAAUAAGUUCCUGGUCUUCAAGAAAAAGUCUGAUACAUGGCGCCUGGUGAACCCACCAGCACGGCCUCACCUUGAAAACUCUCUCAGGGGCCCCUCUGCCACCCACAGUGGGCAGAAGGUCACAGCCAUGGCGACCAGGAUCACAGCCCGUGUGGAAGGUGGUUACCAUAGCAACCGCAGCAUCUUCUGCACCAUCCUGUAGAGUUGGGACCUGCCUCAGGCUCAGGCCCUGCCAAGCACUCAGAAUUCUGAGUUGAAGCCAAGACCAAGGCCCUCUGCUGGAAGUAGUGCCUGAGAAGACUCUCAGUCCCUCCCCUACUCUUCCUCACCACCCCUCCUCCUGGGACUAAGAACAAGGUACCUCCAAAGCCCUUCAGCUCCACAGCCCUCAGCAGUAAGAAACUUGGAAACAUUUUUCAAGGAGUAAAAAGAACAGAAGCUGGAGGGCUUCCAGUCGCUCCAACACUUACAGACUAUGAAGAGUUAGGGAAACUCAAUACAUAAGCUUUCAGGCCAGGAUUCCUCUUGAGUUACAGAGAACCUCACUUCACACACACCAAACCCAGACUCUUCUUAGGGAAGAGCAGACUGACUUCUGAAGGAAGGAAGUGAUCCUGGUGAGGUGGAGAAGCUGCCCUCUUUUCUGGAUCUGCCCCUCUGUAGUCCCUCCAGGGCUGCAACACAGCCUCCCAGCUGCCUCUGGAGGCCACAGUUGUUUGUUUACUUAAGCGCAGUUCUCUUACAUUUGGACAUGGCCCUGUGAGGAAGAAGCUUGGGACAGGAGGCCCUCUUGAAAGGCCACUCCAGGGAUGACAAGGAGACAUGCCACAACAGGAGGUGCAUGUGACAACUGACUUCUCUUGGGUGUGCAGACAGGUGCAAGCUUGAGCUGCGCAGGGAUACAGGAAGCUCCACUGACCUCAAGGAGUUCCCAAGCUCAGGACAUUAGCUCCAUGCCUGCCGCAGGAUCUUGAUCCCGAGCACAUCCACACUGGCUGCCCCUCCUGCCUCCAGCCUGUCCAGACGGAGGGGCCUGGGCCUUCAACGUGCCCAUAUGCUCAUGGGUGAAUAGCUGCCUUUACUGACCCCACCAUGUUGUCCACUGUGCCUUGGCUCAAGCUUCCUUCUUCCCGGCAUGCCUUUCCCCACCAUCUCUAGUGCAAGCCCCACCCACUCAAUGUUUAGCUCAGACACUGCCAUCUCCACCCAGCUCUCCCCUUCCUCCAAGUGACAAUGUCUACUUCUGAGCCUCAAUCAAACCUCCCACUGCUCCCUCAGGGCACUCAGCACUUUCUGCCUUGUUUUGGAAACAUUCAGGGACACACCCAGUCCCACCCACUUGCCUAUGAACUCUAAAGGUAGGGCCAUCUUACCUUGUCCCUAGGUCCCAGUCCAGAGCCUGAGUGAGAAGAGGAAGGCCAGCUCCCAAAGGGCGUUACUAAACUGUACUGUGAAUGUAUCCAGGUUCCAGGGCCAAGUGAGCUGCAACCCCACUGCCUAAGGGGGCUGGAUACAGGGCUGGCUUGGCCUCAGUGAUCCCCUCCCAUUUGGCCUUUAAUGUAGGGCCUUCACCAGCCUGCUGGGGUCACUGUCCUGUGCUGGACUAGAAUUUCCCAGGCUGCUUCUAUCAGGCCCUAGGUGCUGCUGUGGUUGGUGGGUGGGAGCGGGGAAUGGAGCCAGGAGCUCUGGCUUCUCCCUGAGGACUUGGCACAAGAACACUGGUCCCUCCCAUCCCCAGCACUGUCCUUUGCACUUGUUUGGUGGCCCCAAUGUGAGUCGCUGUAUAAAAUGCUGCCUUUGUUAUUUUGUAAGAAAUUACUUUUCUGUGAACCAGGUACUUAUGAAAACCUCAAUAACCAAAAUAAAGUUCUAUAUUUUAAAAGAGGCACUGUGUGUGGCGAGUCUUUCCUUGGUCUGGGCAUUCACUGGAGUUCCAUGUGGCCAGAUGCAGGCCCAGCAGGGCUGUAGACUCACCAGAGGUGCCACCUCCCUGUGGGAGACGGGAAUCUUAGGAGCCUCCUGUCAGGGCAGCUUUUCCUACCACUGCUUUGGGUUCAAAGCUGGAAGGUGUGCCCCUCCCCAGCUCAUUGUCUUCCUAUGUCAUUCAAGGGCUGGGACUCCAGUGCUGCCUGCCCCGUGGGCUGUUCUGAAGACCAGCAGUAACAGUCCCUCCAUGCAGCUCACAGACUACCGGCAAAGGGGUCUCAUAUCCAUGAACAUGGCUCUCAACUUCAAGUACUUAAUCAGCAUCUAACAAUUUUUUCCAUAUUCAUGUCAUCUGCGAACUAGUGGUUACUGUUGUUCCUUUUGGAGGGAGUCAAUAAUUCCCUUCCCCACUCCCUAUGGUGCUGGUGAUCAAACCCAGGGCUUUAUGAGCACGCUAUCACUGAGCCAUACCCCCUAGCCCUGGUAAGUUUAAUCUUUGUCCGAAAA